GAACAGCUCCAAUUGUUGCAAUUGUACCCGGUUGUGCCAGUUGUACUGGUUGUACCUUAGGAUUGUAGUUGCUAGAGUAGGGAGUCGUGUCGUGUGGCACAAAUUGCGGGUUUAAGGUUCGUGGUUGAUAAAUCGUGAACCAGUCAAAUUCAUCUUGAUGGCUGCUACCAAGAAAGUUUUCACUUUGGCGGACAUUGAAAAGCACAACGAGAAGAACUCUGCUUGGUUAUUAAUUCAUAAUUCUGUGUACGAUGUAACGAAGUUCAUGGAUGAGCAUCCUGGCGGGGAAGAAGUUCUUUUGGAACAAGCUGGAAAACAUGCAACCGAAGCAUUUGAAGAUGUAGGUCAUUCAACUGAUGCCAGGGAACUCAUGAAGCAGUACCAGAUUGGAGAACUCUGUGAAGAAGACAAGAAAAAAAUUGAGCAAGUCAAGGAGAAGACUAAGUGGACUACAGGCGCACCCAGUGAAAGCAGCUCCUGGAUGAGCUGGCUCAUUCCAGUCGGUGUGGCGGCUGCAGCAUCCAUCUUGUAUCGCUUGUUCCUGUCAUACAGCCAGCGUCAGUAACUCCUGGAGCAACACCAGUUAUCAGUGACUAUGCUGUGUGCUGCCAGUGCAGCUUCCAAGAAAAGAAAAGCAAAAUACAUGUACUGUAUAGAAAUAUAUGCUUAAUGAUUUACUAUGGGGCCAUUGCACAGCCAUAAUAUUGUAACAUUGUAUUUUCAUACAUGUAUUACAAGGUGGCAUAAAUGCUCACCGUUUCCUUUAUUGAAGCUCUUACUGCAUAAAAUGUGAGAGAAACUUAGCAUAGUUUGUAGCAUCGAAACUGCAAAACCAAAUUAAACCUAGAUGGACUGGACUGUUUGUUUGCCACUGUAACACCUUGUCAUUUCUUUACAAUAAAUGACUAUCACAGGUACAAA